GAGGGGGAUUAUUCUCUUGCAGUGACAUUUCCAUGUUGUAUAUCACAAAACAGGAAAAAUUGAAUCGGUGAUGAUAACUGCUUAGCUGACACCAAAUUAAGCAAUAAUGAAAUGAAAUUGCCAUUUUUAAAGUAAACGAAUUACUGGAGCAACAAGCAUUUCAAGUUACAUGAACGUAAUUAUGGUGUAAUUCAAUCAUGAUAGGGAAUACACUGACAUUUGAACUAGCACUGAAUGUCAGGUGAAACACCUGCAGUGUGUUUCACAUUAUUGUCAAACAAAUCCAAGGCCACGUAUGCUGGCCCAACUUUAUAUAUCCAAGAUAUUUACUCACGAAGACGGUGAGUGUUCAAGAACAGCUGACAUCAAUAAAGCAUGUAACCGUCCUCCCACGCUGUUACUCGCUAGGUAUAGAAUUUGUCAUACAUAACGCCUAACUCCAAGCAUUGACAUGUAUUGAAAUAUGCAGGAGAACUCUCUUGUCCCACUGCUGAAAGAUCGUAGCUCAUGUUUUUGUGUGCAUACAAUGCGUCAAUGUUGACUCAAGGCCUGCUGGCAACUUUUUGGGGGUUGUGUUUUCCUUGAGGCAGGCACUGUUUAUACUGUGCUGUGUCGAAUGUGAGGCGGUGGUGGUGGUGGUUUAGUCAGUGGAGAAUCGUGGCAGAAGUAAGCUCGUGAUCGACUGCAUACAGUUGGUGCUUUCACUGCCGACAAUGCAUGUGGUAGACAUGAUCGUGUACUUGAGGGACCGAAACGGGAUCUUCUACAGUAUAGAAGAUGGCCAUCUUGCCCAAGCGGAGGAGCUUCUGGAUAUGACAAUGAAGGAACAGGGCUUGAGUGAGGUCGCCCGCGAGGUCUUCGCAGUAUGGCUCGUCUCAGAGCUUCUUGAGAUCAGGUUAAAGAAAAAUCAUCAGCCACAUCAAGUUGUGCAGAAAUGGGAUGAGUUGUGUGUUCUGUAUACCGAUGCCAAGUUGUCUGACAUUGAGAAAAGUGAGCCAGUUCUGAUGAUGCAGAGAGACGUCUUCUAUCCCAAGUAUAAAGAAAAAACUAUUACCAAUGAGGAGAUCUUGUGUUUGCUGUACCACGAGGCAAAGUUCAAUGUGAUCGAGGGCAGGUAUCCCCUCCACCCCGAGGACUAUCACACUCUGGCAGGCAUACAGGCCCUCAUACACCUUGGCAAAUACAACCCUAGGGAGCAUGUGCAGGCAGAAUACAGGGCAAACCUGAUCAAGUUCUACCCAGACCACAUGUUCCAGAAGGAGAAGUUCCUGUUCUUCACGAGGAAAGACGAGAGUGCCAAAUGCGAGGAACAGUUCAUGACAGCUCAUGCCCGCUUGUCCGAACAGUAUGAACAACAGGACGUGCAAACAGUAUUGGGCAAUCUCUACCGGCAAUACCUGGAUAUAUGCUGGUCUUAUCCAUUCUAUGGGAGUGCCUUCUUCAAAGGACAGGUGGAGACGCCUACGCGCAAGUUCAUGAAGAUGAUCAAGAGUGCACCAGAUACCAAGGUGCUCGUGGCGAUCAACACAGAGGGUGUGAGCAUCAUAGACAAAGAAAAGGAGACCCUGCUGCUGCAUGCACCGUUUGACCAGUUGCUGUGGGAGUUCCGCGAGGCCGAGUUUGACGGCGAUGAUGACAUCAUGCCCUCCCUGUUCCUGCAGUUCCUUGUCGAGGGAGAACAGGAAGUCACGAAGCUGCUACAAGUCUAUUCAAGAGAGGCUAAGCUGAUGAAUGCAUUGAUCAACACUUGUGUCAUGAAGAAGAAGCUGAGUAGGAAGGAAGAUGGUGUAGACUUUGUCGAUGCGGGGCUGUUCCCUGGUAGAAAUGAUACCUCUCAUGCCUCCAAGGUAUGUAAUAAGCUGGACAAGCUCUGUUUGACAACCUACACAAAGAAAGGUGAAUGCAUAGACUGAGUCAACAGCAGCACCAUCUGCACAGAACGUCUCAGGGGAGGUAAUCUCAAGUGCUACACUACAGAGCAACCACGGGAUCAACUGGUACACACACUGAAGAAUAACCUGGACAGGCCCAUAUUCAGUCUGUGGGUCUGCAUAAAUUAGAUUGUGUCAUCCUGGCUAACCCCAUCCAUAUUUUUCAUCCAUAGAUCAGGUUGUGUUAAUCUUUACAGACUUGCAUUCAGUCUGUGCAUAGAGCAGGUUGUGUUGACCUGGGUAGACCAACAUUCAGUUUGCAGGUCUAAUCCUGUGCAUAUAGCAGGUCGUGUUGACCUGGGUAGACCAAUAUUCAGUCUGCAGGUCUAACCCUGUGCAUAUAGCAGGUCAUGUUGACCUGGGUAGACCAACAUUCAGUCUGCAGGUCUAACCCUGUGCAUAUAGCAGGUGGUGUUGACCUGGGUAGACUAUCAUUCAGUCUGUGGGCCUAUCCCAGUGCAUAGAGCAUGUCUUGUUGACCUGGACAGACCCACAUUCAGCCUGUAUGUCUAACCCUGUGCAUAGAGCAAGUCAGGUUGACCUGGAAAGACCUCACAUUUGGUCUGUAGGUCUAACCCUGUGCAUAUAGCAGGUCUUGUUGACCUGGACAGACCCACAUUCAGUUUGUGGGUCUGUCUCAGUGCAUAGAGCAGUUCGUGUUGACCUGGAAAGACCUCACAUUUGGUCUGUAGGUCUAUGUGCAUGGGUCAGGUCAUGUUGGACCUUUAUAGUCAGUUAACUCAAGUCACAAGUCACACAACAUUGUUAUUCUCCAAUGUGUUUACCACUGAUAAAUUGGACAAUUAAUUGCUCGGACGCACUUCAUUGACAUUGUGAUAUUGUGAUGGACUGAAAGUGACAUUCUUGAAACUUGUUGUGAAUUGAAAGCAGAACAGGAACUGCAAGUAAGACAUUACAAUGGCACAUAUUUGCAAUAUGUAUUAUUUUGCCAUUAUUAAUUAUUACAUAUCAUGUCACUACUUUCAAAUUUCCAGUGUUUUGUCAGAUGUUUUUUUGUGUCUAUACUGAGCAAUGUUAUAUUUCCUCUCAGCUUCUCCAGGAUAUCAAGAUAAAUGUUUAUGUAUUGGAGUAAUAUCAUCUUCGAUGAUCUAGUGCAGUAUAUCUCCAUUCUGUUAUGGUAAAUACCAUGGACAUUUUCACUGUUCCAUUCAUAUAAUAUGAUGCUAAUAAUAGUCAUCUGGUCACAUUACACUCAUGGGUGAAAUUCUUUGCUAAGGCUAAAAAAAAUAAAAGUCUUGGUUCUCAGGCACCGCCCGCAUCAUGAUAAAGUCUGACGCUAGUUCCGUUUUUAUUUCCAUUUAAAAAAAAUAAAUCCUAAUACUUGAAAACAAUGCAAUCCAAUAGCAGGCAGUUACUUCCCUUUACAUGCGCACUGCUUUACUGUGCAUCUUGUGUUAUGGUCAUGGCGCCAGUAAGAGUUUGUAUGCUUCUUUAUGUAGAGAGUCCCGUUCCCAGGUUGAUGGUACACAACUGUUUAUUUGGUUACAUACUAGUAAUAGUAAGCCAAAAAACAAAACCUCUGCCCGCCCGCACUACUUUUUCAAAAGUCAUUGCCUGAGAAUCAAUUCUUUUAUUUUUUUAAGCCUAAGUUAGUGAUUAGAGAGAUGAUAUGGUGACAUCACUUUUGAAAUGAAGCUUUGGUGAUGAAUGGUUCCAGGGUAUUUAUCAUAGUAGAUAUAAUACCCUUGAUAAUCGCGAUGGUGUACCGUAUUCGACGUAAUUAGAAAUAGGGGGCUCUUAUUAGAAUAUUAUUUUGGUGGAAAAAACAGAGUUGAAAGAUAAAUUUCAUGGUUUAUGCUGACGGUCUGAACUGUUUAUAUACGACAGA